CGUAGCUUGCUGUUCAGUUUGUCACAGCUUUGCCUCCUGUGAUCUGAACUCACUCUGAGCUUCGACCAAGUGACUGAACCGACCAGAGAAAAGACAAAGCAAAUUUAAAUGGUUUCUGAACUACCAGGUGUGAGGAGACUGGAUGGAACUUCCCAUGUUGAGCCGUAAACGGCGUCUGUCUCAUGGAGAUGAAAAGGAGCCUCUGCUGUCCUCGAAGAAACGCGUAUCCAGUCUCACAGCUCUGCGGGACAGAUCUCAGACUGACGGCUCAGACAGAGCCACACAGCACGCCAGACUGAGGACGAGCUGUGGUCGCCUCUGCACAUGUGAAGCCUGUGUGAAUGAAGAGGUUAAAUACCUGACUAACAACAGGCGCUUCUUCGAGCAGGUAUCAUCCUGGGCUGACACACAAUACUCUGUGAAUAAAGUGCUGGAGCAUCUCACGUUCAGACAAGCCACCGAUGACACUUUCCUCAAUGACCCAGUUAACAAGAAAUUUUUGGAGUUUCACCAUGACAUCACUGAGGAAUGUGGCGCAGAAGAUAAACAGCAUUCGUGGGCUGUUAUUGAGAAACAGGAGGAGAUCAUCAUGUAUGGACCUUAUUAUCCUAACUACAACAACGGAGAACACAGCGAGGACGUCAUUAUUAAACAAACACAGGAGCUUCUGGAGUCAGAGGAAUCCUCAGAAGACUGGAAGGUGUAUGUUUUCACCAUGAACAGCCCGUGUUUGGCUAGAAACACUGAGCCAUGCAUGUUAAACCUGGUUCAGAAAGCUCAGGAGUGGUGGACUGUGUAUGGGGUAAAGACUCAUAUUGGUUAUGUGAGAUGCUGGGGCUUCAAAGGAACCAAAGAAAAUCUGUUCAGGGACGUUGACUACAGCCAAGUGGAGUGUAUAAAACAGACUGAGGACCAUGAGGACUAUGUCAAAGCAGUAAAAAAUAGAACUGAUCUCAAUCCUUUAUGUAAAAAUCUGACUUCUGUAGUUAAACACCUCCUUACAUCUGUAAAUUUGAGUUUCCCUCUGAUGACCGUUGUGCAGGUGCAGGACUGGAAGAGUUACUUCAAAAGAAUGCAAAGUAUUUUUGAAUGCAAACCAGAGGAUGAGAAAGAAGCCUUCACACGGGAGCUGAACACCGCGAUUGAAGCUGCACGAGGGCCGCUUUCACAAAAAAGUGCGAGCUUUGAGGAACAUUUAGAAAGCGGGAAGGCAUUUCCACUUGAUCGCGCUUUCAGUCCACAAGUGUCUGACGCCCUCCAGGGUCGAAUGAAGCUCGCGUUUCAGCAGUGUUGGAGGGAGAUGGUACAAGACAAAUACGCAGAGUUAAUCAGGGAGAAGCUGACUGAAGACUUCAAUCAAUGUGCCGUCCAGUGUUUUGUCCAAGAUAUUGCAAAGUUCACAAACGCAUACUUACAAAUCGGAAGGAUACACUUUUCAGAAGAAGAGUCAAAAGGUCAACAAGCUGUUAGGUAAUUACUCAGUUGACAAGCUAUAAUGACACUAAUUAUUCCACAAAUCUUUGGUAUGCAUUUGAAGCAGAAUGAAAGUCACUAAACCUUUACAUCAUACAUACCAUUUGCACUGUGUCAAGACGCUUUUAUCUUUAUUAGGUUCCUCAGUGGAGCUAGAGUCGCACACAGAGGACGGCCAUCAGGUAGUGAGAAAUACACAGACACAUGUCCAUCUGUCACUGUGUCUUUACUUACAAUAUAUCACAAAUGGUGUAUUACACAAUUAUAUUGGAGUGGAGUUUUUUUUUUUUUUUUUUUUUUUUUUUUUUCUAUACAUAUAUGCUCAUAUAGUUGUUAUUUUUGGUAAUUACAUGUGGCAGUAUCCCACAUUUACACAUGUUGCCUCCAUGCUCGUCCCAAACAAACAUCCUGUACAGUUUUGAUACAGUACUCCUUCGCAGAGUUUAUCAAACAACCUUCAUAUAAUAGAUAUUAAUUAGAUGAUAAUGAUCAUUUCUACUGAAGGUCAUAUCACUGGUGUUGAGGAGUGAUGGAUGUCAAGAGCAGUUCUCUCUAUGUUACAGUAAGUUUACAAGAAAUAAUUAUCAUUUGUUUGUCUUUGUAGAGUUAGCUAGAAGCACUGUGAAAUUUCAAUUUUACUUCACUGUGAUGCGUAUUUAAAGGAUCAGUUCAACCAAAUUACAGAUUUAAAAAAAAAAAAAAUCUUAAAUAACAAUCAGCGAUGUGUUUUCUUGGUGUGGAGAUAAAAGCUGCUAAGACUUCUGCUGCCACCCCAUUAUAACUGAGGCGCUCAAAUCAUUAAAAGACCACAUUUGAUGAAUUCAAUAGCAACAUGCCUUACCAAAAAACAGUUUCUUUGAAUGAAUCAAAGAAAGUCACAAACAAAAUACUGAACACUGACCACACUGAGGUCAUAUAGGACAUAUUUCGUCCUAUCCUGAGACAUUGCUACCGAGUUUUUCAAACAUCAUUUGCAAAUGUACCACUGGGGUAAGUGUUAGUGUAAUAAGUAUUUAUAUGAAUUGACCCUUUAAGUACAGCCACUGGUGCUACCUUUGACAUAAAAAUGUCCUGCUGUGAUUCUUUACAUGUUUUGUAUAUCUAUCAUUUCUUUGGCAAAUUGUGCAUAAGAAUUGUCCAUAUUAAUAUGCAAAAAUGAAGAAAAGGCAAAUAUAUUGAAAUAAAAAAACCCAGGGAGAUUA